AGGUUCAGAUUUGCAAUAUCUGGUUUAUGAUGUUUAGUUCGUCAAAAAACUAGAUGUUCUCUAAUGCUGGUCCAAGUUUGCCCCGGAUCAAUUUACCUCAGCAAGCACUUCGGCCUGUUCUCGAUCCGGAAGUGACGGGAUAUGGCUGCAGCAAUUCAUCGGGCACAGUUAAUUUGCUACCUAUGGGAGGUGGACAAUCAACAGUUCCGCCACUAAUUGUUUCACGCACCACAUCAGCAAAUCUGUUUGCGUUGAGACCACUGCUUCACUUAUCUAACUCAGCGGAACAGAUGUCGGAUGUUCACUAUCGAGCACGUCGAAAUGCUAUUGGUUGUCCAAGACCUUUGUUUUCUGAGAUGGAAAGGUACCAGUGGUCAUCAGCAUCGGCAGUCGAAAAGCCACAAUUUGUGAGACCACCAGGAAGUAAGAACAGUCGGUCACUACCCAGUCUGAGAGAUGUCUCUCGUGCCACUACAAAGCAGAAUUUGCAUACAAGAGAAGUUGGGAUAUCCGAUGUUGCUAUUUGUACGUCAUUAUCGAAUUAUGGGAUAUCCACCGCGGAACCAGUAGAUAUCAGCGAUGAAGAUUUCAAUUAUGUUGGUAAUGAAGAAGAGCACGGAAAACACAAGAGUGAUAACUGGCAUACAACAAAAAGACGACAUAGGAAACGAAGGCAUGAAGAGUCUAGCAGUGGCGAAAGUGAAUCAGAACAGGGUAAAGACGUUCCUCGCUGGCAAAAGUUGACAAAAGAAGACUUUAUUGACACAAUAUUAAGCGAUACUGAUGAUGAAAUUGACCAGGUUGAACAGACUGUCGCAAUGAGUGGUUUCCAUUCGCAGAGCAUUCCUGAAGAAAAAUUUUAUCGCAUUAACGAUGUUGGUGAUAGCUGUGCUACCGAAGAGUUGACAAAGUUGCAUAAGAGAUUCAGAAGAGAAAUUACAGAAAAGAUCGCGAAGGAAAAGGAAAAUCAGCCAAAAUCCGAUCCUCCGGAUAUUCUCACAUUUCAUGAUAACUGCAAAUGUGGCCAUCAUUCGGAUACUGAAACUGAAUCAGAAAGUUGUGAUUCUGAUGAUUGCAUCGAUGAUAGUGAUGAGAGAAGUGGCAACGUAUCUGUUGACGAACAACAGACUGACAAUAAAGACAAAAUGACUCGUCUUAAAAUGAGUGAAUCCAAAAAGCACAGUACUGUUGCCAAACGCGAGGUCAUUAGGAAACGUAAUCAUCCAGCUAUUUUACACAGUGAUGUUUGCUUCAACGAAGUUGGUCAAAUGAACGAUGGGCCAGAAUGUCGCUGUUCGUGGGCAGCUAAAAAAUCAGGCUUGCGUCAUAAUAAAUAUGCUGGAGAGACUAUUAUCGAAAAGUGUGACCUAAACUCAAGCAAUUCGCAUCGUUUAUGGCAUUAUAUACUUUAUACUGAACCUAAUCCAAAUACUGUUGUUCGCCGUUCAACCAAAAUCAACUAUCGUGAUAGAAUUUAUGAGCUGGAAGGCUUUUCUGUGUUUUUUCAUAAGUCACUUCCAUCAAAUUUCCCCCAAACACCAUUGUCAAAAUGGACAAGUGAAUAUAACAUCAAAUUUAUGCAAGAAAAUAUUCCAACGAAUUUUACAAUAGAAGACUUGGAAUUAUUCCACCAUUAUUUAUUUAUCGAUAUUAUGGAAAUGUAUGACUUGAAAACAUAUCCUCUUGAUAAUACUGAUGGCUGUCCUUAUUACCACUGUAUGCCGAGAUUUGUUUACAACUUUCCAGAUGGCGGGAAGGAGAUAUUACCUAUGUCAGUUGUAAUGAUUUACCUGAUUGAGAACUAUCAUCGUCUCAUGACAGAGUCCGAAGCUCAGGUUCUUAAACAGGAUGCUGAUGCUUUUCGCGAAUUUGCUGAAAAUAUGCGUGGUUCCUUGGUUAUGAAUGCAAAUAAGAGGCCAUCGACGAUUCGAGUAGAUCUCAUCGAUAGGUCGGAUUUUUUGCCUAACAGUCCGGAUACUCUCUUUCCGUUGAUCACUCAUUUUGGUGUGAGGCCUUCUUCUCAUACUUAUAAUUCAAAUGCAGAAUAUCAAAAAAUGUCCAAAGAAUACCUGCGAAUGCGUAAAAUUCUUGCGAUGAAGCCUCGUGUAAGUGCAGAGGAACGAGGAAAGCUUGCGCAAAAAGCUUCACAAUUAAAAGCAUUGCGUAAUGACAGUCAGCUGAAGCGGGACUUUGUCAUGUCAGUGUCAUCUCGUGACUUCUAUAGUACAGGAUUGUUUCCUGAUAUUGUACAGCAUGGUUUACUUCUAAUUCUUGCCUGUGCACAUGUGCGUUUCCAGUGGUCCCUACAAGUAUACGAGCAAGAACGCAUUCACUAUGUGUUUAAGAACCGUUCACUUUUGGAGCUAGCAUUAACUCACCCAUCAUAUCGUACAAAUUAUGGUACAAAUAGUGACCAUGCUCGUAAUACUCUUAACAACUGUGGUGUGCGUUCUUCCAAGCAGCGAGUGCAUGAUCGUUUGGUGCAACAGCAGUUAAGCGCCAAGAAGCGAGGAUUCCAUACCUUAUUAGAGAUCAUGUCGAAAUUGGGUUCAAAAAAAGCGGAACAGUCGCCAUUGAACCAUAACGAACGGCUGGAAUUUUUGGGCGAUGCUGUUAUUGAAUUUAUUACCACUAUUCAUUUGUUUUAUAUGUUCAGCGAACUUGAUGAAGGCGGUUUGGCCACUUACCGUUCAACAAUGGUUCAAAAUAAAAAUCUUGCUGUGCUUGCUAAGAAGAUAGGCCUGGAUGAGUUCAUGUUGUAUGCGCAUGGACCCGAUUUAUGCCAUGAAUCUGAUCUUAGGCAUGCGAUGGCAAAUGCUUUUGAAGCAAUGAUGGCUGCAAUUUAUCUUGAUGCUGGAAUUGAUGAAUGUGAUAGAAUUUUUGGUCACGCUAUGUUUGCUGAUUCGAAAGAACUACUUUCUACAUGGUUUGACUUAGAAGACCAUCCCUUGAAGCGAGAUAAUCCAAAUGGUGAUCGCCAUUUGAUAAAUGAUGUACCAGCACUUCAGUUGCUCACAGAGUUGGAAAAAAGCAUCGGAGUUACUUUCAAACAUAUUAGAGUCCUUGCUAAAGCUUUCACUAGAAGAAAUAUUGGCUUCAACAACCUCACUCUAGGCCAUAAUCAACGUUUGGAAUUUCUUGGGGAUACAGUUCUGCAGUUGAUAACAACAGAUUAUCUGUAUAAACACUUUCCGUACCAUCAUGAAGGUCAUUUGUCAAUAUUGCGCACUUGUUUGGUUAGUAACAGAACACAGUCUGUGAUUUGUGAUGAUAUUGGCAUGACAAAGUAUUUGGUUACACCAAAAGUUAUGCAGAAAAGUGGGCUGCCGAUAUUGAGAGUAAAAGAUAAGGCUGAUCUUGUUGAGGCAUUCCUUGGUGCUCUUUACGUUGAUCGUGGAUUCGAUUAUUGCAAAGUUUUCUGUAGAAUUUGUUUCUUUCCUCGUUUAAAAUUUUUUAUUAUUGCCCAGCAUUGGAACGAUCCGAAAUCACAGUUGCAACAGUGUUGCUUAACACUACGGCAAAUGGAUGGUGGUGAACCAGAUAUACCGGAAUAUAGGACAAUAGCUGUUGAAGGUCCGACUAAUACGAGGAUAUACAAGGUUGCCGUUUAUUUCAGAAAAAAACGAUUAGCAGUAGGGUGUGGACAUACAAUGCAGUUAGCUCAAAUGCGUGCUGCGGAGAAUGCUUUGAUAAAAAGAUCUGACCUUUUUCCAACGCUGAAAAAUACAACAAAAUACGGUGCAAUGCAGAACAGACGUGAUAAUGGCCCAUUCGCCAAAGUGAAAUGCGUGUCAACUGACCGGACAAAACAACGUACCACGUUUAAUUCAACUCAUGUUUUGCAGCCGGAUACUGGAUCAUUACUCAUUGAUGAUACUCAAACUUCUAGGCCACAGAUCAUUUCAUUGCUUGACCUCAAGUUCGAUGCAGAUGGUUGUCUCAUUUAGUUUCGUCAUGCAGGCUUAGAUCAUGUUAAUAAAUAGUUCUGAGCAUUUUCGUCGAUGUUUAGGAGUAGCUUAUGUAUUUUUUAAAUUUUAUUAGAGCUGUAUUUGAUAUUCUCAACUUCUUGUUUGUUCCCCAUUCCAAAACAAAUUUUAAAAUUUUGGAAUUUAUGGCAUCUUUCUGGUUGUGAGAAACUGGAUAUUCCAUAUCUCUUGCAUAUUUUUUAAAUAUUUGUUUGCUUCAUUCAUCACUUUUAUGUUGUUUCGUGAGUCG